AUGGAGGAUAACAACAACAACAACAUAUUUGCAGAUAUUGUAUCCAAGAUUGCCCAACAGGGUAAUAACCCUGAUAUCUCUUUUUUAAAAGAUAAUCCAGAAGCACAAACUAUGCUUCUCAUGGCUUUAUUAUCCACUAAUAAUAAUGCAAGUUCUCCCACUGCCACAGUUCCCUUAACACCCGAUUCUUCUGUUUCAUCGCCUAAUGAAACAGAGAAGCGUAAAUUUGAUUCCAUGAGUGGCAAUGACAAGAAAGAGUCUUCACCAACCAGAAGAGUAGGAAGAAAACCAGUGACAAGUGAAGAUGAAGAUUCCGAUGAUCCUAAAAGCAAGAGAAAGGCUCAAAACAGAGCAGCACAAAGAGCUUUUAGAGAAAGAAAAGAGAACCAUGUUCGACUAUUGGAAGAAAAAGUAAAAGAGUUGGAAAAGUUGAAUGCUGAACAAAGCACAGAGCUUCAAAAGGAAAAUAAGAUGUUGAAGGAGAUGAUCACCAAGCUUCAGACUGAAAAUGCUGCUCUACUUUCUUCUUUCAGCUAUCCUUUAUCCAACAGUGUUACUCAAGAUGAAGAGCGACCUCAAAAGAUCGUACGAGCCUCUUCACCUAUUUCUCACUUUGAUAGUUUCAGUAGCACUGCCUCAACUUCAUCAACGAGUCAUACACCUGAGGCAACGAAUGUAAACGACAUCCUUGGCUUGGACACAAGUUUACCUUCUUCUGCCUUAUUGGAUCAUUCAGAGUUAUUUGGCCAUGCAUCACUAGAUGGCAUUUUCACAGCGGAUCCUAAACAGUUUGAUUUCUUCUAUCCCUUAGAUAAACCAGCAGCGACAACAAUACCCCAGCAAGCAGACGCUGCUGAAGAAGUGGUUAAACUAUGGGACAAGUUGGAAGGAAAACAUGACUUCGAUAUUGAUUCUCUCUGUGAUGAAAUGAAAAAGAAAGCUCAAUGUAACGAAUUCAAUCACGAAGAAGAGCUUAAAAAGGUUAUUGACAAACAUCUUUCUUCCCAUCAAUAA